UUUUGAUGUAGUAACCAAUUCCAAUGUCUACCCAACCAAUAUCGAAACGAGCUUGAAGUCUGAAGAACUAGUUAUCGUUAAACCGUAAAUUGAUGUAUACUAGAACUGAAAUGCAACAUCAAACGGUUGAAACUACGGAGCCACUGAACGUAGCGAAGCCGAGUAUAUGAGGAAGUCUUGGAAGUAUGAAUCCCAUGUCGUCGACUUUACUGAUUUUUCUCAUCACAAUCCUGUUAGCUUCAGUGAAAGCAGAUUCAGAAGUUACAGAGUCUUCCGACAUAAAACAAUCAUCUGCUCAAGCGGUUGCUCCAACACAAUUCCAAAUCGCAACAUCCCCACAUCCAUUCUCUCGUCAAAUUGCUGCUCCAUCGAGAAUCCAUCGUAGAUCAAUCACACCAGUACCAAUUCGUGCUCAUCGUGUCUACCACCAUUGAUCCAGAUCUUUUCUUUGUUAUUUUGUUUUAAUGUAAAAUGUUCUCUACAAUUCCAGCAGGCUUUUCUCUCUUUCCCACUUUAUGCAUUCCUCGGGUUAUUCUACUUCACUGUCUCGAAUAGUCAAUUUUAAAUAAAACGAUUUU